AUGAAAGGAUUGACUUUAAAUUGUCUUGGGAAGAAAGAGGAUGCUUAUGAUCUUGUACGAAGAGGACUAAGAAAUGAUCUAAAGAGUCAUGUCUGCUGGCAUGUAUAUGGAUUAUUACAAAGGUCCGAUAAAAAGUACGAUGAAGCCAUCAAGUGUUACAGAAAUGCAUUGAAAUGGGACAAAGACAAUCUCCAGAUCCUUAGGGAUCUCUCUCUGCUUCAAAUUCAAAUGCGGGACCUUGAGGGUUACCGGGAAACCAGGUACCAGUUGCUGCAGUUGAGGCCAGCACAGAGGGCAUCUUGGAUUGGUUAUGCUAUUGCGUACCAUUUGCUUGAAGACUAUGAGAUGGCUGCAAAGAUCCUGGAGGAAUUUCGGAAGACCCAGCAGACCUCUCCUGAUAAAGUUGAUUAUGAGUAUAGUGAGUUGCUGCUUUAUCAGAACCAGGUUCUUCGUGAAGCUGAGCUUUUUAAGGAGGCAUUGGAUCAUCUUUCUACAUAUGAAAAGCAGAUCUGUGAUAAGCUAGCAGUGGAAGAAACAAAAGGAGAUUUAUUGCUGCAUUUGGGUCGACUUGAGGAGGCAGCAGAUGUGUAUCAGGGUUUGCAGGAGAGGAGCCCUGAGAACUGGUCAUAUUAUAAGGGUUUAGAAAAGGCCAUAAAGCCAGCCACUGUGGAAGAAAGACUGAAGAUUUAUGAGGACAGUUGGACUAAGUUUCCAAAAGGUUUAGUGCCAAGGAGACUGCCCUUAAACUUCUUAACAGGUGAAAAAUUUAGGGUGUGUUUGGAUAAAUACUUAAGGAUGAACUUCAGCAAGGGGUGUCCUCCAGUUUUCAACACUUUGAGGUUGUUGUACAGUGACAAGGAGAAGGUGGAGAUUAUCGAAGAUCUUGUUGUAGGUUAUGAAACAUCACUAAAAAGUUGUCGACUGUUUAAUAUUAAUGAUGAUGGGAAAGAAGAGCCACCAACUACAUUACUGUGGGUUCAGUACUACUUGGCACAGCACUAUGACAAGAUUGGUCAACCAUCAUUAGCUCUUGAUUACAUUAAUGCAGCUAUUGAAAGCACACCAACAUUGAUCGAACUGUUCCUUGUGAAAGCUAAAAUAUACAAGCAUGCUGGUAAUAUUAAAGAGGCUGUUCGGUGGAUGGAUGAAGCUCAAGCCCUGGACACAGCAGAUAGGUUUAUCAACUCAAAGUGUGCAAAGUACAUGUUGAAAGCUAACUUGAUAAAGGAUGCUGAGGAGAUGUGCUCCAAGUUUACAAGGGAAGGCACUUCAGCCGUGGAGAACCUGAAUGAAAUGCAGUGCAUGUGGUUCCAGACAGAGUGUGCGCAAGCAUAUAAAUCCAUGAACAAGUAUGGUGAAGCACUUAAGAAAUGCCAUGAAAUUGAACGACAUUUUGUAGAGAUCACUGAUGACCAAUUUGACUUCCACACUUAUUGUAUGAGAAAAAUUACACUCAGGUCAUAUGUGGAUUUGUUAAAGUUAGAGGACGUGCUCAGACAGCACCCAUUUUACUUCAAAGCUGCCCGGAUCGCUAUAGAAAUUUACCUGAAACUUCAUGACAACCCUUUAACAGAUGAGAAUAAGGAGCAUGAGGCAGACACAGCCAAUAUGUCAGACAAAGAGCUGAAGAAACUGCGAAAUAAGCAAAGGAGAGCUCAGAAAAAAGCUCAGCUGAAGAAGAAGAGAAAAAGAAUGCCGAAAAGGAGAAACAGCAAAGGAACCAGAAGAAGAAAAAGGAGGACGACGAUGAAGAGAUAG